CCGUACGAGCGCCGCGGUUCUGCUGAAUCUGGCUCCGUGUCUGGUCCAUGAUGAACGGCCCAACCUGCCUCGCAGAUGUUGAGAAGUCUGCGCACAACAAACUACCGGAUAAGGCCUGGUCGUUCUACAGUAGUCCUGCUGAUGGACAAACUUACCAAGAUAACAUCGCGGCCUACAAACGGUAAGGAGGUGGGAGAUAGGUCGCACUAGUACGGAUAUACCAAUCCGUAUAUUGCGUACGGACAUUCUUUUGGCUUUAAUAGGUAACCUUGGCUUCACGGUGGGGAAGAAGCUGUAUUUUACUUUGACUUCUACUCGGUAGCCUGACUAUCGAACACCAAAAAUGUAAAAAUGGAACUCAUACGGAGUUGAUAUACGCAAUCGUGUGACCAGUCCCUAAUAUUACAGUUCACCGACUUUUAAGGUGAACCGCAUCUUUAUAUGUAACGUCCUUGGGUGGGUGGUUGAGGCCAUCUGAGGUCGCUGAACAUCCGUGACCUCCAGCCCAACAGAAGUUCCGAUACCAAACGGAGUUCGUCCCAAAAUCCUAAUAUCCGAAUACAUGUGGCAGCGCUGUUGCGCGCUGAUCAUAAAUUGCGUAUUCAGGUAUCAAAAACACACAGGUACAUUAAACAUUAUAACAUAAAAGUGAUAAAAAAGAAAAGUAAUAAAAAAAGUCAAGGAACAAGACUAACAUGUAAGAUAAUGACAAUACAGAUGAGGACAACUGAUAUAGUUACUACUGUAGAGUAACCUAUGGGCUAAGGGUCUUCUUUUCUCACCGUUCUUCUGCUCACAUCAGCGAGGUGGAAACUGUAUUGAAUGACAUAGGCUGCAGUUUACACGACCUCCACUGAUUGUCAUAUAUGGGAGUGUUUUCUUCUAUUUUGUUGAUCGAACACUGAACUCGAACAUAUUCUUUAGUGCAGUAUCUCUCGUGUGUAUACCUACUUUAAAUGUUGAAGCGUCAAAGCCUCUCACGGGGGUUCUUGACCAUGUAAGUCCCUAUAGGUGGAAUUUGUGACUGUGUUCUCCUACAUUGAUACCACGUGCACGGCUAUCGCCAGCAGUAACUAUUUCUACGUGCUCUCAGACAAGUUCUAAGCAAGGACGACAUACCUUGUUCUAAGUCAUGACGUCGUUUCAUCCCGCUCAGGUACCGCCUCAUCCCACGGAACCUCCGUGACGUCUCCAUCCGGGACACCUCGGUAACGGUACUGGGGAACAAGCUGGAUAUCCCGAUAGCCAUUGCGCCAACCGCCUUUCACCGAUUCGCUCAUACUGACGCGGAGUUGGCGACUGCCAAGGGAGCCGCCGCCAUGAACACAGGAAUGGUGUUGAGUUCCUGGGCAAAUCAUUCCCUGGAGAAGGUGACUGAAGCGACACCUCGCGGGAUCCACUGGUUCUACAUGCUAUUCUACAAAGACCGUGGCCACAUGAAGCGUCUGCUGGACCGGGCAGAGCGUGCGGGAUAUAGCGCCAUAUUCCUCACCACAGACCAGCCUUACUACCCAUUUUCUAUUGACAGAAGGCCUAGACCUUUCCAGGUUCCUAUUAGUUUUCCUAACGUCUUCGACGUAGAGCCAGACCAUGCCGCCGGUAGUGCGGAGUAUCUGGAGUGUUUGAGAACUGUUUUGAAGGAAUCGGCGACGUGGGAAGACGUGGAUUGGGUCCGAGAGAACACCAGGCUGCCUGUAGUCCUAAAGGGGAUCCUUUCAGCGGACGAUGCCAAGAUGGCUGUGGAACGUGGAGUGAACGGCAUCUAUGUGUCUAACCACGGCGGGAGAGAACUGGACGGUGUGCCGGCAACUAUAGAUGUCCUGUCCAAUAUCGUCCGUGCUGUAGACGGUAAGGCGGAGGUUUACCUGGACGGAGGGGUCCGGACUGGGACGGACGUGCUGAAGGCCUUGGCGCUGGGGGCCAGAUGUGUGUUCAUCGGCAGGCCUGCUCUCUGGGGUCUGGCUUGUAACGGCGCAGAAGGAGUUCAACAGGUUCUACAUAUUCUGACACAUGAACUCAAUAUGGCCAUGGCCAGAACAGGUUGUUCCAAGAUAUCCGACAUCCAGCCGUCACUUGUUGUGCACCAGUCGUAUUAUGGCAUACCGUGUAGCUGUCAAAGCCGUGCCGGUGUCUAGAUACAGUUAUUUACAAUACAAGAGACGGCAUCUGAAUGUGACCACUUUCCGGUGGUUUU